UCCUGCGGUGAGAGCGAGCCUGCUCGGUUCAUACGGUCCCAACAGGGGGUAGACUGUCUGCAAGUGCAAGUGGAGUGUCGGGGGUUUGCGGCAUAGGAGGGAGAUAAGGGAGACGGCGAGUCACAGGAGAGACACAGACAUAAAACGCUUAAACUAGAGUAUUUUGUUCAGAUUUAGCUUAGCUUUUUACUGAUACCUGUGAACGAGAACGGUUUUCUAAAUGGCAAGUCCUGUAGACGACAUAGGACAUUCUCAUCAGCAUCAUUCGCCCUCAGAAUCGACUGCAGAGCCCGCGUUCCUGGAGGCGCAAAAAUGGAUCGAGGCGGUGACGGGACGCUGCUUCGGGGACAAGGACUUCAGAGGAGGCCUGGAGAACGGGAUCCUGCUGUGCGAGUUGUUGAGUUCCGUCAAACCUGGCUUGGUGAAGAAGAUCAACAGACACCCUACUCCCAUUGCUGGCGUGGACAACCUGAGUGUGUUCCUGCGAGGCUGUGAGGAGCUGGGGCUGAAGGGCUCUCAGCUGUUUGAUCCAGGAGACCUGCAGGACACGUCCACACGCCCCAACGCCAAGAUCGCAGACAGCACCAGGAAGCUGAAGAAUGUUCUGAUCACCCUCUACUGGCUGGGCCGGGCCGCCAACAGCUGCAUCUCCUACAGUGGGCCCACCCUGGAGCUGAAGGAGUUUGAGGGCCUGCUGUCACACAUGCGAAAGGAGGGGGAGGAACUGGAGAGCCCCCGCUGCAGUGUGAGGGACAGUGGCUACGUGGACUGCUGGGACUCUGAGCGGAGCGACUCUCUCUCCCCGCCGCGCCACGCCCGCGACGACUCCUUCGACAGCCUGGACUCGCUGGGCUCUCGCUCCCCACACACCCCCUCGCCGGACGCCCUGGUCGCCCGCGGGAGCAGCGAUGGCCGCGGCAGUGACUCAGAGUCGGACGCCCCCCACAGGAAGCUCCCGGACGUGCGCAAGGACGACAUGCUGGCUCGCCGCACCUCGGUCAGCGAGCCCCGAGCCGCCAUGCCUUUCAACCAGUACCUGCCCAACAAGAGCAACCAGAGCGGCUAUGUCCCGACGCCGCUCCGCAGGCGGAGGGCCGACCGUGAGGAGGGCGGCCGCAAGAGCUGGAGCACCGCCACCUCCCCCAUAGGGGGCGACAGACCCUUCAGUCCAAACGAGAGCCCUGCUUUAGAGGAACCCCCCGUAGCCCCUGCUACUCCCUCCUCUCCAGAAACCCAAGCCCCCCCCCCCCAACCCCAGAACCAGCCACAGGAACCUGAGGAGGAGAGGAGGAGGGAGGAUGAAGGGAGUCUGGCUCCGUCCAGAGCUUGUUGGUCGGUGUCUGGCGUGAGGAGGGUCAGCGAGCCCCAGACCAGCCCAGACCCCUGCUCCGCCAUGCAGCUGAGCGUCACCGCAGAGCACAGUAGCCCCACCCGCUCCUGCUCUGAGGAACUUCACCGCCCGUCGUCGCUGACAACCAGCUUCUCCAUGGUGACCACCCAGGACACAACCAGGAUGUUUCCUCAGGAGGUGGGGGCGGGGCCUAAGAAGGGGGGCGUGGUUUCGCCAGAUGACAUGUGGGCUCGCCGUGCCCUUGGCUCUCCCAAACACGGCCCCACCCACUUCCUCCCUGUCCCUGCGGCCACGGCAACCACUACCAUCGUUCUGACCAAUCAGAGCCGCCGUACUGGGAGGGCGUUGAGUGAGAGCGACAAACCACAGAGACGGCCUUCCUGGUUGGACGAGGAUCUUCCUCCAACAUGCAGCUUCAGAUCUAGUGUGUCAGAUGACCCAGAGAGUGUGAGCAUGAUAGACAUGCGCUGUGAGGAGGAUGCUAUGCUGCAGCCCCACAGCCAGACCCGCCACCAGCUCCUCCACCAGCAGUACCAGCACAUGAAGGAGGACGAGGACCACUGGCAGGACGACCUGGCCAGGUGGAAGAGCAGGAGGAGGAGUGUGUCUCAGGACCUGAUCAAGAAGGAGGAGCAGAGGAAGAUGAUGGAGCAGCUCAUGACAGGAGCAGGCUGCACCUCCCAGAGGAGGAAGAGUAUCAAGACCUACAGGGAGAUCGUAGAGGAGAAAGAGCGCAGGGAGGAUGAGCUUCGCCAGGCGUACCGUAGUGCCCGCACCCCCGAGGAGGCUGCGUCUGUCCUCCACCGCUACGCCCUCCGCUUCACCAUCAGCGAGGCGGUGCUAGAACGCCUGCAACUCCCCAGGCUGCUGGACCGCAGCACCUCCGCCGACCCCUCCCUGGCCUCCUCACCCCUCUCCCCCGCCGACCCCUCCCUGGUCUCCUCACCCCUCUCCCCCUCCCCCAAUGACCCCGACGGCCCCCUCAGGUACCUGAGGCAGCAGUCCCUGCCGGCGCCGCGCUUCACCGCCAUGGUGGAAGCCCAGCUGGAGGGCUUCGCCCCGGCCGACGCCCACCGGCCCCAGAUCCGCUCCCCUGACCGCCGCGCCCUGCCCCGGGCACUCUCCCCCAAGCCUGUGCCUCUGCUGACGCCCCAGCCUUACCUCCAGAGCAAGCCCACGCUGGCCAGCCUCCCCACGGGCAAGACGGACAGCUUGCUGCGUGUGAACGGGGAUGUGGGUGUUGAUGACUCCAUCACCCCCCACAGCGAUGGCAUCCCUUCCCCCCUGCUGUUCCACCCCUCCCCUGCCACGGCCACGCCCACGGCCACGCCCACGGCCACACCCACGGCCACGCCCUCCCCCCCUCACAGCCCCGCCCCACCUGCUGAGGUCCAGACGGGCGGCGGCAAGACCGACGCCAGCGAGGCUCCGCCCUCCUCUCUGCUCUUGCAGGGCCCAGAGGAGGCAGGAAGCCCAACCGAAGCUCCUCUCAGGAAGGAGGCGGAACCAACACAAGUCCCGCCCACAGAAACGGUUUUGAAGAAGCCGGAGGAGGCUAGUUUGAGCAUCUCUGCUCCCAGACAGAUCCCAGCUGUCACCUGCUCUGUCCAAUCAGAGCACACCACACAGCAAGCCCCACCAAUGACCUCUCAGGUCAGGGGGAGUGUAGCGGAGGAGCCUGGCAGCGUGAAGGAGGCUGUGGUCUUGGCUGGUCCAGGACCUGCUGCUGCCAGUGACCCAGGAACAGAGCUGGCUAGCACUGCCAGAUCUCCGUCGGCAACCGAUAACCCUAGGUUACGCUGGGAGUUCUUCGCCCCUCCAGAGAUAGCAGAGAAGGAUCAUGGGAAGACGGCAGCCCCCGGGUUGCCCCUGGCGACGCGUCCAGGCCGCUGGUCGCGGGACCCUGAGGAAGAGAGGAGGCGUCAGGAGAGCUGGCAGAGAGAGCAGGAGCGCAUGCUGCAGGAGAAGUAUGAGCGGGAGCAGGAGAAGCUGAAGCAGGAGUGGGAGACGGCCCAGAGGGAGGUGGAGGAGGAUGAGAGGAGGCACCAUCAGGAGGAGCAGAGGAUACUAGAGGAGACUGUAGCCCCCCUUACCCCCCUCUCCUCCUCCCUGCCCCCCCCCAGCAUGGGGCAGCUGUCCUCCUCCUCUGACCCCCAGGGCCCCCUCGUCCGGUCGCUGGCUGACUGGGAGGGAAAGCAGGAGCUGCUGGAAGGACCGCCGACUGGCAGUCUCGACAGCGUGGAGUGGAGGAGGAGAGACGGCAGGAGCAGUGACAUCAGCACUGCGGACGAGAGCAUGAGAACAGGAAAGGGGUCGUUCAGUCAGAACAGCAGCCAGUCGGAGAUGAUUAUGCAGGACCUGCAGAACGGCCAGAGGCCCCAGCCCCAACCCCAGCCCCAACCCCAGCCCCAACCCCAGCCCCAGCCCCAGCCCAAGACCCCUAACAGGAAACAGCAAGAGGUCUCGCUGGACUGCACCAAGCCCAGCCGAUCAAAUGGAGACAGAAGGUGUGCUUCUGUUGAGAAGGUGGAGCCCAGUCCAUCCAAGUCACCCACACCCUCACCCUCAUCCUCAGACACGCAGCCCCCGUCUCCCAGCAGGUCAGUCAGUGGGAAGAAGCUGUGCUCCAGCUGUGGUCUCCCGCUGGGCAAGGGGGCGGCCAUGAUCAUAGAGACCCUCAGCCUCUUCUUCCACAUCCAGUGCUUUAAGUGUGGGGUGUGUAAGGGCCAGUUGGGGGAUACCAGCACAGGGACAGAUGUGAGGAUCAGGAACGGGCUCCUCAACUGCCACCAGUGCUACAUCCGCUCUCGCUCUGCAGGUCAGCCCACCACAUUGUGACGACGUGAUCUGGUCCUGAAGCACAUGGAUCCCAGAGGUCUCCUUCCCUCCUGAUGACCACCAGAGUCUGUGUUCCUCCAAGCCCAGUCUGAGAUCACAACCUCGUCCACAUCCCACACCCCACCCACUACAUUAAAGGCCACAAAAGGACUGGCAUGUAAAGUGAUGUGCAUCUAAUCUGAUUUGACCCUGUGGAUAUUGUUGUUCCUGAAUGAUCACGAUUGCAGCGCAGAAUGUAUACCUUUUGUCUAGUGCAACCGCAAGAUCUUUCGAAGAGGGCGGCCAUUUUGAAUUGGAGGUUGGAUGCUGUUCAGACGUCCAUCUCUUUCACCUCAAAACUGUCUAGAAAAUGAAAACACCAAAGUCCCCUGAAAAACGUACAAAAACAUAGGUGUAAGGAAACUCUUUCUUGGAAUUAAUUAAUCUCUGGUAUCCAGGACGCAACGUUUGAGUCUUUCGUUUGUUAACUAAUAGUUAAAGAUUCUUGUUUGGUCGAUAAAGGGUUAGAUCGUCCUUAAUUCAAAUUGUGUAAUGGAAGUAAAUUCCAUUUUAAUUACUUUUUCUCCUAGUAAUGAUUUUUUUUUUGUCCACAGAUGGAUUGAAUUUUGGAGCUUAAAUGAUAAUGCUGCCUUGAAUAUUUUUUCGGUAGCUCUUAUGUUUUCUUCUUGAUUUCUUAGGCCUAAAUGCUAUUAAAAAAAUACAUGCUUGUAGAUUGAUCGUAGAUUAAAAUAACAUGCACUUUGCCCCAGCAGCGCCAUG